UCUUGAGGCUUUUGGUGAACAAGGAAGGAAAAAAAAAAAAAAAAAAAAAAGAGUCUGCCGUCGUCGGGUUCGGCACUUGGGAUUAAUAUCAGUUACGAAAUUUUUGUUAAACAAUAUUUUUUCCUUCGUUUCCGAAGGCUCGGGGUGUAUCUCAAUACACGCAAAGGAAAUCUUUUUUUUUUUUUGGGAAAGGCCGAGGGGACAGAUAUACUUCCCCCAAAUAGAAUCCAAUGGUCUCUAUGGUUGAAACCUCCCAUACCAAUCCAAAUGACACCGCCAUGGAUACAGUUGUCCCUAAAACAGAGCCUACUAUACAUGAGGGAUCUAUCAGUUCAGCGGUAUCAACGCCCGAAGCUGAAGGCGAGAUCUUAACACAAGAUGUGGCCCAGACGCAGAAGCGAAAGGGUGGAAGAAAACCUAUCUAUGCGACCUCUGAAGAACGGAAGCAACGCAACCGCCAGGCCCAAGCUGCAUUCCGUGAACGUCGGACGGAGUACAUCCGUCAGCUGGAGUCAACUAUCAAGCGCAAUGAAGAGUCUCUGCAGACCUUGCAGCAGAAUCAUCGUACUGCCGCCGAUGAAUGUCUGAUGCUGCGCUAUAAAAACUCGUUAUUGGAACGCAUUUUGCUGGAAAAAGGGAUCGAUGUCCAAGCAGAACUACGCUUGAAAGCCGGGGGUCCGGCUGGCCCAGGGAAGCCCAACCUCAUGGCUGCGAAACCACCAUCCGUCUUGGAGCGUGCGGCGAUGAAUCGAAAUUCUACUCAGAGACACCCUCCUGGAAUUGCGCCCAAAGGGGACGCGUUCGGAAUGCCGCAAACCCGUGACGGAGCGUACGGCAUUCCAUCUCCCCAAUUCCAGGCUACGCCCCCGUCCCAUGUCUCCUCGCCGUCGCAUGCCAAGUCCCCGGGGUAUGCUUUCCAAGGAGUCAUGUCCCCGGCGGGAGUCGAUCCUCAACAGGCUGCGCAGCAAUCACGCUUGUCGCACUCGAGAAACCUUAGUCAAACCUCGCCCCCCAUGAGCGUCGCCCAGUCCGACACAGCUGACCCUAAGUCCGCGAUGCCGGGGGGUGCGGGUCCCAGAGGCCCUCGCGUCGCUUCAGCAUACUAUCCAUCACCAUUUCAAAAGCACUAUGAUCAACUUGAACAAGAGUAUGACGCUCAGGCAGAUCUAAUCGAUGAGGAGCAUGAAUCGUCGGUGGGUGCCUCGCCGUACGUAUCUGGCUUUAACGCUAGCGCAUCAGUCCCUAAUUCUCACUCCUUGGGGCCCCAUGGCCUCUCCCAAUUCAAUCCACAUUCGGGAGAGGGGUCUAACGGAGCAUAUAACAACACGAACCAGCUCUUGGGCAACUACGAACCCAUGCUCGAUGCCGACCCAUUUGGGCUCAGUGCGAGCAUGCAUUUCCAGACUCCGUUCAGCUACGAACAGAAUAAUACACGUCACUAA